GGAAGACCAGUCAGAACAGGAACUCACUAAAUGUCGGCCUCUUUAAAAACUACUCAAGAUCUGCACCAUCAUUAUUCAGCUGUUGAAAGGAACAAUUUAAUGAGGCUUUCUCAAACCAUACCAUUUACGCCGAUACAACUCUUUGCUGGAGAAGAAGUGACCAUCUACAGACUAGAGGAGAGUUCUCCUUUGAACCUUGAUAAAAGCAUGUCCUCCUGGUCCCAGUGUGGAACAACUGCAAUGAUCCAGGUCUUAUCCCGGGAGGAGAUGGAUGGAGGGCUCCGGAAAGCCAUGAAAGUAAUCAGUACGUGGUCUGAAGAUGAUGUGAUCAAGCCAGGGCAGGUCUUCAUCGUCAAAUCCUUUCUUCCUGAGGUGGUACAGACCUGGCGCAAGAUUUUUGGAGAAAACACUAUACUACAUCUCUGCCUCAGGGAGAUCCAACAACAAAGAGCUGCUCAAAAACUGAUCUAUACCUUCAACCAAAUGAAACCACAUACUAUUCCUUAUACACCAAGGUUCCUGGAGGUCUUUUUGAUAUAUUGCCACUCAGCCAACCAGUGGUUGACCAUAGAGAAGUACAUGACUGGUGAGUUCCGCAAGUACAACAACAACAAUGGGGAUGAAAUCUCUCCCAGAAACAUCUUGGAGGAGCUGAUGUUGUCUUUUUCCCACUGGACUUAUGAAUAUACCCGAGGAGAACUACUUGUUCUGGAUUUGCAAGGUGUUGGAGAAAAUCUGACAGAUCCAUCUGUUAUUAAACCUGAAGACAAACAAUCAAGAGGGAUGGUGUUUGGACCGGCAAAUUUAGGGGAAGAUGCAAUUAGAAACUUCAUUGCAAAGCAUUGCUGCAAUUCCUGUUGUAGGAAGCUCAAACUCCCGGAUGUCAAAAGGAAUGACUAUAGCCCUGGGAGAAUCAAUUCUACCUUUAAUCUCCAAAGAGAAAUAAAAUCAGCUAACGGGACUGUGAGAGAAGAGGGUGCUGGUGACCCCAGAGAAGAUCUCACACGCUUAUAAUGGAGAAGAAUGGGGAAGAGGAUCACUGCUGGUUCUCUGAACCCUUGUGCAAGCUCAAUGUUAGACAACUUUGAUACUUGUGUGUAUUCUGUUGCACCUUAGACCCUGACUCUAGGACUCGGCUUCUCAGAUGUAUAUUUCUUAUCUACGCCAAUAGCUCAGUGGAUGCUUGAAGUACGGGCUCCUAUAGUUCUCCAGCCUCUGUGCAUUCACAUUUUCCAUGUAUUCUUAAUUCUGAUGUUUGCAAAAAGACAAUUGCAAGUUAUGUUGGAAUAUAGUUCAUGUAUACCUCUGUUCCUUUCUGGUCACUUGGAACCUUUAUAGUCAAAUGGUGGAUAGCCAAAA